AACAUGCGUCACCAUUCAAAACAUCCCCUGGGUGACUGUCUGGCGCUGCGCUCUCUAAAACAUGUCUCAAAAUAAUCCUGACAAAGACGACCAAACGUCGGGAGCCAAAAAGAUGAUCUCUCUGCCGAUAUCCAGAGUGAGGCUGAUCAUGAAGAGCUCCCCUGAUGUGUCGAGCAUUAACCAGGACGCCCUUUUCCUCACCACCAAGGCUACAGAGCUGUUUGUCCAGCACUUGGCUCUGUCCUCGUUCAACAACGGCUCCGGGAAGGAAACCAACACUCUGUCAUACAGCGACCUGGCUAAAGCCGCGGAGGAGACCGAGACUUUCCACUUUCUCACAGAUAUUUUGCCAAAGAAGAUCUUGGCUCAAGAUUACCUCAAGUCUUUGGAGCAAAUGCAAGAAGAGGAAGCAGAUUUUUAAGAAGAAAACGACUUUCCUGUCUGGACAGAUGUGAUCACAUGUACAUGUCCUGCCUUUCACUGAGAGCUGCGUGACUUUCAGAAAAGACACUUUGAUCUCCCUCUGUGCUUCAGUAAGUUCAUGUAGAGGUGUAGGUCAAAAUCAGAGGACACUGAACUGAGAGUAAAUCCAGAGAAUCAAGUGAAGACUCAGAGAUCAAAUGCAAAGAAAAUGGGACACAGGGUCUUAAGAAUAUAGGUAACAAGAUUGUUUCGGAGCAAAUAAAAUGUGUGACAUUGGUUUAAAAAGAGCAGAAUAAGACUAACUGCAACUCAGUCAGACCUUAGAUUUUCUGUAGAAUGGAUUUUCUGUUUAAAGUGAUUACUUUUUUUUUUUUUUUGGGUUAAAGUUCUCCCAUAGCUGAUAAGGCAGUUGGUAUGAGUUUGCAUUUUAGCCACUACAGCUGAUUGUCUGAGGGUUUUCUGGUGGCAGAAUCUAAAUUUAAUGCAUGUUUUGCCUGGACCAGGAGUGAAAUGUUUUUCUCUUAACAGCCUGCAGGUGAAUUCCACAUAAAAGACCAGUACCUGGAAAUCCAUUCCACACAGCUGGAGCACAGAUGUCUCAGCACCUGAGUUACUACUGCCUUUAAAACAUGAUUGACGUGGAUGCAUUGUUUUAGAGAUACUGACAUUCAUUUCAAAAUCUAAAAUGCAGACGUUACUUAUUAUUUGCUAAACAUAUUUAAGAAAUGUAUUUUUUUUAGCUCAUAAAUACUUGAAAGUUGUUUGAACUAAUCUAAAGUUCAAAUACCUCUGUUUCUCCAGUGUAACUAGAAAGCCACUGAAAAUGCUCUUCCCAAAUUAAAAUUCACAUUCAGUCCACUAGAUGUGAGUUUUUAAAAUGUAUACAAGUUAAAAAAAGCAUCCUUUUGUUGUAUUUGCAAAUCUGUGAUUUAGAUUUGAUAUGAAAAUAAAGAUUGGUGCUGUACUGAA